GCCGGGGCGGAGUGAACAUGCUCCUGCGACCAACGCUGCCUCACGCCGGUCUCUCUUCUUCUCGGUCACGUCAAGCCGUUGUCUGAUUCGUGCUCUGACUUUGAAACAUUUUGCAUUUUAGAAAACGCUUUGCUUUGAGUGCGGUAAAUCCAUCGAAUAAGCACUCUGUUUAUCAGUGUAAAGUAUGAACCUAGGAAACACCCGUGCAUUGGCAACUCGUAGCCUCCUUCCUCCUGCAGACAGGUUUUGUGUCGCUGUCAGGACCUCUGCAUGACUGUGCCAGCGGAGAUGCUGGCUUCGAGAACGCAUGAAAAGAUUAUGCAGAGUCCGGUGGUUGAGUGGACAUAGCUGAAAGGCUAUCUCAUAGCGCUCGCAUAAGUAUUAUGUAAGAAGAGGACAUGUGCACGCUGAGGGAUUCGUGGCUCCGCCUGGGGAUCUCAUGGCUGGCGCUGGGCUUCCUGGCCGCGGGCGCGAGCGUGGACUGGGAGGUCAAGCUCUCCCCGGACACCAACAUGGGAGAGGAGCAGCACUUCCUCAAGGAACCCAAGGCUCAAAUCGCCGUCGUAGGAUCCACGGUGAUCCUGCCCUGCAAGGUGGCCAACAAGGUCGGUCACUUGCAGUGGACGAAGAAUGGCUUCGGGAUGGGCAUGCAUCGGGACCUCCCAGGGUUCGACCGCUUCUCCAUGGUCGGCACAGAUGAUAAAGAGGACUUCAACCUGCGGAUCCAGCCGGUGGAGCUGGAGGAUGACGCCGUGUACCAGUGCCAAGUGUCGGCGGGGGUCGACAGGCAGGGUAUGCGCUCGCGGCAGGCCAAGCUCACCGUGUACGUCCCGCCGGAGCCGCCGCGGGUGCAGCCGCUCGUCCUCCGCGUGACCGCCGGCAUGAACGCCACGCUCGAGUGCGAGAGUCGGGCAGGCCGCCCCGAGGCCCAGGUGCAAUGGCGGGACGACAGCACAGGCAAGAUGAUCACCUCAGGCAUCACGGUCGUCAAGGACAAGCUGCCUGAUAAGAAGCGCGUCACCGUGCGCUCGCUGCUCACCUUCUUCCCCAAGAAGACGCACCACAACUGCACCAUCACCUGCGUCGCCUCCAACGACGCCAUGAGCGCCCCGCUCUCCAGGUCGAUCUUCCUCCACAUUCUCUUCUCCCCGGAGGUGCAAGUGCUCAUGUACCCAAAUGUGCUGACGGAGGGCGCCGACGCUACCUUCGUGUGCAAGGCUGAGGCCAACCCCAGCGAAGUCACCUACAAGAACUCCGUCGGCAGCGCCAGGAAGUCGCGGCGAGUGUGCGUCCAGUACGGGCCGAGGUUCAAGACGCGGCCCCAGGACAUGGUGGCGGACGAGGGCAUGGAGGUCGUCCUUGUGUGUAACGUCGACUCAAAUCCUGAGCCGGAGAUCACGUGGUAUCAGGAGGGAAGCACGGAGCCGAAGGGGGUCGGAGCCGAGCUGCGCGUGGUGGUGGGGCAGUCCACGGCGGGGGUGUACAGGUGUGAGGCGUCGGUGCGCGGCUUCCCGGACCUGCAGGGGCACAUGAGAGUCCUCCUGAAGGGGCCGCCGCAGAUCGUCAGCUCUAGCGACCAGCAGGGCAGGAAGGGGGAGACCGUUUCGUUGGAGUGUAGUACUGUCUCCAUCCCGAGUCCCAUAAGGGUCACCUGGACUUACAACGGCCAGGAAAUUGAUUUUAGUGACCCCCGCUACGACCUGGUGGAGGACGAGGAGAAGGAGGGUGUGCGCAACUACCUGGUGAUCCACGACGCCGACGAGGAGGACUUCGGGGCCUACAACUGCUCGGUCGUGAAUGAGUACGGAGUCGCCCAGAUGCUCAUCCGCCUCAAGCAGGAGAAGAUGCUGCCCGUGUAUGCGCUGGUGUGGGGCAGCCUCGGUCUCAUCGUUACAGGCCUCGUGGUGACAGGCAUCAUCGUGUGCACGCGGCGCCGGGCCAUCAUCCGAGAUACCCCGAUGCCAGAAAAGCCCCUUUCAGUGAUGGUCGUACCUGGACUGCCAGCUGUUAACAUGUACUCUGUUUCCUCCGACUCGAAGCUCUGGCAGGCCCUCACCCCUACUCCCACGCCCACGCGCACGUCCACGCGAUCUCACCUCAACAUGGACGCUUUGACGCCUACUGCUACUGUCCCGCCUACACAUACGUUUAGCAGCCUCAGCCAGGACUCCGACAGGGCAUUCAUCUUCGAUCCAGACGCCGAGGGGGGCCGAGGUUACAUUCCCUUCGUCGACUACGACAGCUGGGAUUACGCACCGCCAUCCACGGGUCGCCGGGUCUCCUGCAACGACGUGGGCCUCUACACCGACCCUUCGCCCUCGCCCCCAGAGGAACUUCCGGUUCCUAACUUCUGCACCAUCAGGAGGGGCGCCAGGGCCCGGGACAUGACUGUCAACGAGGCUGGCGAGACAAAGCUUGUGCCUACCGAUCACCGCACCGCCACGCUUCCUCGUCGCAGCUGUGGUGCUUCUAGCGUCAAAGUGCGAGAUGUUGCUGCUUUUUCUCCGCCUCAGGAUACCUCCCCCUCCCGAUCCUUCACCCCCCCUCCGCCCUAUUCACUCGAGGAUUCCCUGAGUUCUCCACAGGUCGCUCAUAAUGGGUCAGCUCAGGUCAGGCCCCCUACACCUCCCAGGAGACACAAGGGACACACUCACAGCACCUCUAGCUUCCACGACUGGAUCUUGCCCAAGUCCGAGUACAUCAUCCCCCCGGGCGGCGGGAGCCUCAUGUUAGGCGUGCAGGUGUAGUUCGCCGACGCGGACUUAACCCUCAGGAGGGACCUUUGCCUGUCACACGCCGCCUUGGAGUCUCAUUCGUCUGGGUGAUGAACACCUCAUAUUGAUACAUUUAUUGCUGCAGAAUACACAAAUCUGCUUGCUAUGGAUCAUAUACAUACAUACAGACCGACACCCGUAUCAGCACACACACACACACACACACACACACACACACACACACACACACACACACACACACACACACACACACACACACACACACACACACACACACACACACACACACACGUCUGUAUGUAAGGUAUGCAUGACAAAAAUACAAAGCUUAGCAGCAAAGCCUCUUUCAUAGUAUGGGUCCUUUCGGCUUAUUUAUAUUGCUAGAAUAAGAAAACCAGUAAGCAUCAGUUUAUGCCCAUACAAUAAACACGCGAGGCGAUGUGGUGGUGCUAUUCACUCUGAAACAGCAUAUAAUACUCUCUUCAAGUAAGGGCAUUAUUACCUCCUGUGCUUUUAUAUAUAUUGUACUGCCUGGAGAUAAUCUGCCCACACACACACACACACACACACACACACACACACACACACACAC